AGCUACUUAGGUCGACUACACACCCUCGCCUCAAUACCGCCUGUUCAAGAUUUGCAGCUUAUACUGCAGGCAAUAUUCAUGUCCAAUACCGUGCCGACCUCCAUUCGAUGCCAAAUAUUCAAAGCCGCCAACACAUCAUGGUGACGUAUCGUCUCCAACAGCGCUGGAGACUCAGUUAUGUAGCCGACAAGUGAGACACGAUGCCCGCGCAGACACUGCUCCGCCGUACCUUUCCCACCAUCCGCAAUGCACACCGCAGCCUAUCUACCACUGCCCCUCGGCUGACUUCCCUACCAUACUCAUUUCUUCCCGCCAACUCGCUCGACCCGAAGCCACGCACGAAGGGUCUUACGGAGAUCCGGGGACCAUACUACGCACCCGUUACGAAGACAUACCUGGACGAGUUGCUGAGUGACUGGGGAGACUAUGUCGACGGCAUCAAAUUCGCAGGUGGCGCGUUCUCGCUUAUGCCGGAGGAACGGCUGAGAGGUCUCAUUGAGACCGCGCACAAACACAAUUGUUAUGUGAGCACCGGCGGCUUCAUCGAACGCGUCUUAUCCGCUUCAGGUGGCAACAAAGACGUUAUCUCAAAGUAUCUCACGACCUGCAAGAACAUGGGAUUCGACGUGCUGGAGCUUUCGUCCGGCUUCCUCUCCAUCCCUACUGAAGAUUGGGCUUCGCUCGUGGAGUUCACAGCCGCCCACGGUCUGAAGCCUAAGCCCGAGGUCGGCAUCCAAUGGGGCGCGGGCGGCGACGCGAGCGUCGAGGAGCUCGAGUCCGCCGGCACACGCGAUCCGAAAUGGCUCAUCGACCGCGCGAACACCUUCCUCCAAGCCGGCGCAUACAUGAUCAUGAUCGAGAGCGAGGGUAUAACAGAGAACGUCAAGGCCUGGCGGACGGACGUCAUCUCCGCGGUGACGUCCGCGCUCCCGCGCGACAAGAUCAUGUUCGAGGCGGCCGAGCCGGACGUCUUCGCGUACCACAUCCAGAACCAGGGCGCGCGCGCGAACCUGUUCAUCGACCAUUCCCAGAUCGUCCAGCUCGCGUGCCUCCGCCGCGGUAUCUGGGGCACGGGCAGCACGUUCGCCCGCGUCGUCACGUUCGAGGGCGCCCAGGACCAUGGGAAGCCUGUCAGCGGUGGGCCGUCUGGUAGUGGAGGUAAGAGUGGUGAGGAGCCGUUGAUACCAUCCGCUUGAGAUGCUCGAGACGUCGACGAAGUCAUAACAGAUGUAUGUACUAUAGUCAUUCUCCUAGUGCUUGCGACAGCUAUACCAGCGUGUAUUUGUCUCAAUGGAACUAACCAGGACCACUGGGCGCUACCGUCGGAGGCUC